AUGGUUUCAAGCCGAAAGCGAAUUCAUUCCGUGAAUACGCAUGCCGGUAAUCCGAAUGCUAUCACUCAAGCAACACUCAAUGGUCUCACACGACUUGCUGGUUCCGGAGCCGAAAAUGACACUUCGCCUCCUCACGCUGUUGUGUCGCAGCUGCGGCGAUUGGAAGGAAAUGGUACAGCUUAUCUGGCAAGUCCAACAAAAUUCACUACCGCUAAUGGCACGACGAUAAGUUUCAGCAAAGUGCUCGAACAAGUCGAAACACAGUAUUCAAGUGGAAAAUCUCGGCACGAUGCUGUCAAUGAAUCAAAUAUCACAAGUGAAGUCCUUGCUCCUCAGCCUAUUCGCACAUUCGUGACUAAACCCGAACAAUCAGCGAAGCUCAUAGCCCCGAAAGCGAUCAAUCCGGUUGCCACGAUGAAAAAAGCCUAUGAAAUGCAGGUCAGUAUCAAAAUUGCCUCUCUGUUCUUAUUUAUGGACUUGAUCGUCAUCAAAGUUUCUGCACCAGUUCGGCUCAUGUUGUUGCUCUUUGCCCUUUUUUCGCAUGUGAUCCAGAUAAGAAAUCGUGCAGGAGCACUGCAGUUGUGGUCCACUGCCGGGCAAAGUCGCAAAAAAUAUGGGCGCGGACGCCGUUUUAUUAGCCAAAAGAGCAUGAGGCACCGAAUUAGCGGAGAAGAUACGCGCGCGUGCGUCGCGCUCUCAUCUAAUCUUGCUUCCGCAGUAGUCCCUACUUCUAUUUCGAUUUUUUAUUAUAGAUCAUCCGAAGUUGCAUAUCUCCAACGUUUCGUUAUGCCGUUUUUCAUGGAGUUGUUAUUUGCAGUCUAUCUAAUCUAGGA